UCCGUGGCGGCAGCCGCCGUGCUGCAGUGAUAUAAUCGCUGUGUUUUCACCGCUUUAUUCGUGCUCGUUCGUGUCCUCUUUAUGUCUGAAAACGAGCCGAGUCGAGCCCAGACAAGCGUCGGGUCACGAAACGCUCCUUUUGUGUAAAAACGGUUUGAUUUCGGGUCAGAUAUCUGCGCCGGCGUUAUUAUGCGCAACCGGAGCGCCGCUUGUGUCGUUUUCUAAAGGACUCUGAUGAGGCCUAGACGUUAACGCGCACGCACGCACGCACGCACACACACACACACCCUCCUCCCUCUCCCCCACCCCCUCCCACAGUCUCACCGUGAUGGCCGAUGAUCAACAACAGCACCCUGGGCAGCUGCAGCAGGCUGCUCUCUCCGGACCGCCGUCUCUCCCCAGCGCCCUGUCAGGGCUGCAGGGACCCGAAGCUACCGCGCUGCACUACGACAAGAUCAAGAACUCGAUCUGCAAAUCUGUGCAAUCAAAAGUGGACAGCAUUUUGCAAGAUGUUGAGAAGUUUACAGACAUUGAAAAACUCUACCUCUACCUUAAGUUGCCUUCUGGUCCCAGCAGCGGUAAUGACAAAAGGACUGAAAAUCAGAGGGGGUCUACAAGUCCUGCAACAUGUGACCAGAAUUCCAUGUCAUCCAGUCGGACGCAACAGAUGUACGCUUUCAACUGGAUUCGGAAUCACUUAGAGGAGCAUCCUGAGACCUCACUGCCUAAACAAGAGGUGUAUGAUGAGUACAAGAGCUAUUGUGACAAUCUUGGCUACCAUCCUCUAAGUGCUGCUGAUUUUGGAAAGAUCAUGAAAAACGUCUUUCCCAACAUGAAAGCACGUCGCCUUGGAAUGCGAGGAAAAUCUAAAUACUGUUAUAGUGGACUGAGGAAAAAAGCUUUUGUGCAUAUGCCAUCUUUGCCCAACUUGGACUUGCAUAAAUCAGGAGAUGGGUGUGAGCUACUGGAGCCAACCGGACAGUCUCCCAGCGCUGAGGACGAGAUGCGUUCCGCAGCCUGCGGCUUGGUGUGUGAAUGGGCGCAAAAAGUUCUGAGCCGUCAGUUUGACAGCGUGGAGGAUUUAGCACGCUUCUUACUCAACAGCCACUACAUCGGCACUAAAUCCAUGGCUGCACUAACUGUUAUGACGGGAACUCCCACAGGGGUUAAAACGCCUACCCCGGCCUCUGCGUUUGUGCCAACUGGAGACACCAACUCCUUCCAUCCCCAAAUGAAGACUCUCCCUUCACCCUCUGUUGACACCAAGCAGCAGCUACAGAGAAAGAUUCAGAAGAAACAGCAAGAACAGAAACUUACUUCUCCAUUGCCAGGUGAUGCCCAAGCCAGAAGAGCAGAAGCAGGCACACCGGGCCCAGGGUCUAGCAUCACUUCUGGAAGUCCAGCUUUGUUGUCCUCACAGCCUGCAAUAGGUAUUGUGGUGGCUGCAGUACCAAGCCCCAUCACGGUUCAGAGGAAUAGACAGCUGAUGACUUCUCCAAGUCCAGUCGCAACAACAGAGGGAAAGGUUUUACCAGUUAAUUUCCAAGUGGUAACCCAGUCUGUUAAGCAGUCCCCUAAAACCCCGCAGAAUAUUCCGGCAAGUCCUGUCGGUGACAGGUUAGCGAGGCACAGAUACGCCCAGAUUCUUCCCAAACCCUCUGCCACAAGCGGCAUAACUCUUCGUUCCCCCCCAACACUUCUAAUUACGAACAGCCCCAUAAAAACAGUGAUGCCCACUCCACAUGUCAGCUCGGUUAAUGUCGUCAAGAUGACCGCUAUAUCUCUGACACCUAACAAUAGUGGUGGUAGCAACACUCCAACACCAUUACGACCUGCUUCAGCUGGUAUCAGUAGCACCGUUUCCCAGGAAGAGUCUAACCAAAUUCAACCAGCUCAGAACGGCAGCUCAGCUACUUUGUAUUCAUCUGGAGCUGGAAGACUUGGCCGUCCUGUCACGACCCCGAUUCCAUCCAUUUCCUCCCUUAGUGAAGUCAAGCUAACAUCUGAAGCUGUGAAUGAUAGUAACUCGUCUGUUGGUGGAGAAAAGCAGAGCACCGCACAAGGGAACAAUAUUGGGCAAAAGAAUGAGAGGGCCACUAAAUAUAGGGCUUCCAGUGAACCUUCUCUCCUUGUCAAGGCAUCCCCAGUGCCUGAAAGAGUUACUAGAGCCAAAAGUGACUCUGCAACACCUCCAAGUACAAUCAUAGGGGCAGCUGUCCCAAUUAGCAAUAACAGCAGUGAUCAUCAGGAGAGUACUUUGUAUCUGACUGUUAUGAAUCAGAAUGCUGACAUUGGAACCAAUGACACAGCUUCCCCACCUGGUCAGUCACUAAAGGAUGUUGGUCUUGGAUUGAAAAGUCCUCGAAAGCGAUCUGCUUCUGUUUUGGAGUCACAUGUGAUCCCAGUUAAAAGGGUGUUUAUAUCCCAGCAGUCUUUGGAUGCCAGCAACAAUCCUAAAACUAGUCUUGUAAUAGCCACAAAGAAGAUACAGAGGCCAGGAACUCCUGCAAGACCAGAGAGUGCUCCAUGUAAAGUCACGCUGAAGCAUAACUCUCUUCCAACACAAAUCCUGGCACUUUCUGACACUCCCAUUGGAAACGCUUCUCAGACUAUUAUAUGCUCUCAGAGCUCUUCACAGGUUGACAUUGGGGACAGCUCUGCUGGACUAAGCCCUACUGAUAUAGACUCUUGUAAUAGCACAUCAUCUGAUCAAACUUUAUUGCAACAAAUUGUGAGCCAGCAACAAGUUACCAUUGCCAUUUCUCAGGAGGCAUCUGCUGUGAGUGAGCUGAAGAGCUCAUUACAAGACUACUCUCAACAGAUACAGGCAGAACAAAAGCAGGUAACUGCUAGCCACUUGCCAUUGAUAGCCCAACCUCCUGAAGCAUCUGCCCAGUUGACACUCCAGCAAGACAUUGUUGACUUUGAUGGAGCUCAAGCCAGCAUAGACUAUUUCCCCUUCAACGAUGAUGACAUGACACAAGAUAGCAUAGUAGAAGAGUUAGUGCAGAUGGAGGAGCAAAUGAAACUGAAUAGCAGUCUACAGCCAUACCUUAGUACUCUUGAUUUACCCUUACAAGGGCAGUCAGCUCAAAGCACCAUCCUUUCCUCUCACCAGGCUGGCACUCAGUUCUACCACUCCGCACAUAGUAGCACCACUCCAGUACACACUCCUACGCCCACACCAACCCCAACACCGACCCCAACUCCAACCCCUACCUCUGAAAUAUUGCCAGGGGGCCACAGCUUAGCCAGGGAAAGUCCUUGUUGUAGGGUGGCACCUAUUACCCCAGUUGAUGGGAUUUUAGUUGGCCGGCAUACACCUAUUAGCACGCCGUUGUCCAACUGCAGUAGUAGUGUCCCACCAAGUCCUGUUGAAUGUCGUAAUCCCUUUGCAUUUACCCCCAUUAACUCCAAUAUACCAGGUUAUCAUGAUGGUAGUGUAGUGUCCAGUAGCCCGGUCAAACCCAUGCAGAGACCGAUGGCCACUCACCCAGACAAGGCCAAACUUGACUGGAUCAACAAUAGAUAUAACAGCACAUCGGGCUCCCCAUCAGUUUCCAACAGUAAUGCCAUUGGAAUUCUUCCAAGCUAUCAGGACCUGGUGGAGGACCACUUUCGUAAACCACACGCAUUUGCUAAACCAGGGCAGUCUUUUCAACCACAAUCCAGACACCAAGAUGGGCAUUUGGGUCGGUUAACAGCCGUGUCACCUGUACAAGGACAACAGGCAGUGGAGGACAAGCAAGAAAGUUUUGCUGUGCCAGCACCGUUGGACAACAAACUUACAGGUUGUACAUCGGCGGCUGGAGGUGGAACCUUUAGGUGCCGCAGCGUGAGCCCCGCUGUUCGUCAGCGGAACCUAAGUGGCACGUCUGUGCAAACCAACUCUACUCCAAGGUCUGUUGUUUCACCGUUCAAUUCUCCCAUAACUCAAGAGGUUCUUAACAUUCUUUCUAACAGUCAUUCGGUGGUCACGGCAAACAGCAUGGCCCAAAGGAGCCAGUCAGUCCCACUAAGCAUAAUGAUGCAGUCUGAGAUGUUGCCAAUUAGCCAACAGGGACAGCAGAGUAAUAGUGCCAAGAUAACCAGUGUGCUUUUGAGUAAAAUGGAUGGAGAUGGGGACGAUACAGUGCGUGGGCUGGGUGUCAAUAAUAUGCCCUCCAAGUACACAGCCCGAAUGAACCUGACACAGAUCUUGGAGACUACACAGGCCUUCGCAGAAGGCACUAACCUUCAUGGUCAGCAGCUGUCUGUUUGCUCAAGUCCUUCACAGUUUGACUUCCAGAAGCCUGGUUUCCUCAUAAGCACUGGAGAUGAAUCUGUUACUUUCUCUAGUGAUGACCAAGCACAAUCGGUCUCUGGGCUACAAGAGCAGCAGCUUCAACUACAGGACCAACAGUUGGAACUACAGGAUCAACAGUUGUUGCAAGAUCAACAGUUGCAACUUCAGGAACAACCAUUGCAACUCCAGGACCAACAAUUGGAAUUACAAGACCAACAUUUACAAUUACAACACCAACAAUUGCAGCUCCAAGACCAACAGCAGCUACAACAUGAUCCAGACCUCAGCCAGCAGCAGCUGCUGUCUCAGACGUCACAACAAAAUGAACAGCAGCAGCAGGAGCACUUGGACUUUAACAGCACUGUCAAGGACCUCUUGGGGGAGGAUGGCCUCAAUCCCAGCUCACAACUUGUUGGGCAGGUGGCAUCAGAACUAAGUGCAGUAGCAUCUGACUUUUCUAGUGAAAUCCGUUUAACCUCUGACCUUUCUGGUAGCAUCAAUGACCUGAACACUUUGGAUCCUAACCUUUUGUUUGAUCCGAGUCAGCAACAGGACCAAUAUGAAGACGCCACACUGGAGGAGCUGAAGAACGACCCGUUGUUUCAGCAGAUAUGCAGUGACACUGUGAAUUCUGCUGGAUUUGACUGGUUGGAGAACAAAGACCAACCAACAGUGGAAAUGUUAGGUUAGUGUUGUUUUCUUUUGUGUUUAUGUUGUGUUUGUAGCUGUUUGUCACUAUUUAUGGUUUCUGUUGAUUGUUCCAUUUUGUUUUCGUGACUGUUCUUUGUUUUUUAAUGUGAUUUGUUCACUGCAUCAACACACUGGAUCGAUCAGUCCAGUGGGAAGUGCCAGUCUUACCCGAAUUGUUCGUUUAUAGGAUUGUACUUUUUUUUUUUUAUUAUUUAUUUUUUUUUAUAAAACCAGUUCAUUCCAGUCUUCUCACCAAGACAUUUCCGUCUAUAGUUUACCGUUUCUUUCUUGUGGCUACGAAUCAGCUGACCCCAAUGUGCAUAGGUGUUUUUUGUUGUUGUUGUUUUUUUUUUUUACACUAUGGUAAUACAAGGUUAUAUUACCAAUUUACAGACAUUUUAAAACCGUUUGUUUUUACUUUAACAUCUGUUAAUGCAUUGACGUUUUAAAUAUCCCGUUCCCAUGAAUCGUAAGUGAUCCGAAACUCGAUGCAAUAUUUUGCAUGAUGAAUCACUGAGUUUUUAAAUGUCCUGCAUAUGCAUUGUGUUUGGCUUCGCGAGGAUGUCGGUAAAGGAGUUUACUCGAUUUUAUAUCAUGACUGAAGUCGCCAUCACUCCUGCAUAUCUUAACUGUCAGUCAAAUUAAAAGAUUUAGGUGCUAACAGGUGCUCAAUAAAAGUGACUCGCGUCGGCCAAAUUAUUUUCGGUAACUACGUUCUAUCUAAUAAAUAGAAAAUUAGGAAACUUAAUAAUAGGCCAUAUUAAUCGUACUGUUAAACGGAAGGGUAAUGAAGAGGAUUACGUUUUGCUGUUUCUACAGUGUUUUAAAAAAGAAGCGAAUAUUAAACGAGGGAGAUUUAAUCUGCCUUAUUUUCAAAAUCCUAAGGCUUAGGCUUUAAAGGUGCAGAAAGAUUUUUAAAGAGCCUUGAUGCUUUUCCGAAUCGAUCUAUAUAUGUAAGCUUGGCUUUUUUUUUUUUUUUUUUUUUUUGUUAUCGUGAAUUAUUGACGUAGUUUCAAACGCAUCCCUUAAAGUUAGUAUAUUUUAACAUUCCGCGUGGAUCCGCUUCACGUUCUGUUCCUGUUAACGGCUGACAAAAAGAUGACGGUAUCGUAAAGGAACGGCACGGUGACGGCCAAAUUCUAUCGGAGGCCGAGUCUCGUCCAACCUGCUAGGAAUUCCGAUCUAAAAUCCAUACCAAAGAACCGCUUUUGAAAAAAAUAAGCGCUUGAGAUUUGUUCUAUUCAUCUCCAAAUUAACAUAAUUCUUGAAGGUCGGUUUUGGUGAAUAAAACAGGGUUUUACGGUACUUGAUCUUCGGGUUGGAUUAUAUUUGUGUACAGUAUGUAUAUGGCAAAUGUAUCUGAUGUACAGGUAAUUAUGGAUGGUAAGCAUGUUGUCCAAAGUCAUUUUAAUGGAUUCAUGAAAGCUUAAUUUGGCUAUCUGUAGUCACUAUUAUUAUUAUUAAUGCCCCAUGUGUAAAAAUGACAUCAUUUUAUCAAUCCGCCGUCUUAAAGUGACGAUUUUUAGGUCCGAGUACCCUCGAAAAAAAAACAAAAGAAGAAAUGUUACAUUGCUCAUAUUGAAUCUAUAUCCAGCACAAUAUGCUGCGUGUUGUUUUUUGGCUUUUCGUGUAGUGCAAGUAAUGCUGUCUGUUCUGGUCUCUAGCUUGAUGUGCCAUGUUCCUUAGAGAGUCUGUCGGUCUCUGCUUUACAGACGUGAUGUAUACAGGAGAGAGGAGAAGACGCAUGGUUUAUAUAUAUAUAUAUAUAUAUAUAUAUAUAUAUAUAUAUAUAUA